GAGCCCACAAAGAAGCUGCGAGAAAGGAAUCCCAAGCAGGAGGCGGCUGCAGGCUGCGAGUGCCCAUUUGUAAGGUGUCCGUGCAGCGGUGAGUGGGACCCGUCACCUCAGGGCCGAAGUGCAGCCGAGAGCCUGCCGCCAGGUCUGGGCUGAGCGCAGGCCUGCAUCUGAGGGCCCCUGGUGAGGAAAGGCGUGCCAGGAGCGGGCUGGACAGGGCCACAUUUGUGCGCAUGUGUGUGUGCGCGCGCGUGUGUGUGUGUGUGUGUGUGUGUUUGUGCAGUGGGAGUGCCAGAGCCAUUCUGUGAGUGACCAGGGGCCACCCCUCCCCCCGACCAGGCCGUGGCCCCCGAGGGCACGGCCAGGCAGGCCCAGGUCCCCUGACCUGCUGGGCGGCCUGGGCAGACUGGAAGGGGGCAUUGCUGUUGGUGGGGGGCGGGGGCGGGAGAGGCUCUCUGCGGGCUCUGGCUCGACCCAGACCAUCAGGACCCUGUGCACAUGGAGGGCACAGCCCGGCAGAAGGCAGCCUGCACUCCCAGGGCUGUGGUGACAGGUGACAGGCCACAGCCGCUGCUCAGGGAACACUUAAUCGCUGCCCAAUUAUCGCCCCAGAAGCCCUCGGCAAACCCCCGCAUUGCAGCCUUAGGCUCCUUCUUCCGCCUCCGGAAAAGAGGGCUGGCCAGCUCCCUAGGCUGGGGGGGGGGGCCGCCCCCGCCCUGCUCCUCCACGCCCCCUCCCCUGCAAGCAGGGGCGAUGGCACAGAGGGGGGGCCUUCAGCCCCCAGCCUCACCCAGAGCAGGACGGCUCAGUGCGGCUGGCUGUGGAGGGGCAGGUGGAGCAGGGAGCUGGACCUCUGCAAGGAGGGGGCAACGUCGGCCCCCCAACUCUCAGAGCCCAGCUGGUCUGCUGCUCCUCAGGCCGGACAGCUCCAGAGGGCUUGCCUGCCUUAGAAGGAGGGGUUUGGGGAGGGGGAGGCAGGGCGACCGCAGGGAUCCAAGCAGCCCCCAUUCCGAGCUUCUGACCCUCUGCCCUUAGGCUCCAGGCUCCCAGACCCCCAGCGCUGCUCACGUGCUGCUAAGAUCUUCUUUCAGGAUGGGGUCUCCCCACAAAUGCACAGCCUCAGGGAACCCUACUUUUCCCCAGACAGAGCCUGGCCUCCAGCCUCCCCAGGCAGCCCCUCUCGCCCGGCAGCACCCACCUUCCGCCUUCCCCCCCAGAGCUUACACCUGCCUCAGCAGACCCGUCAGGGCUGGCCCCUGGCCCCCACUGCCUGGGCCCCAGAUGGCAGGGGGACCCCUCAGCAGGGCAGGGCAGGCCAUCCAGGCCCCGGGCCCCCUCCCUUGCACCCCUUCUGGGGGCCUAGAGUGUGUUCUGGGAGCCAGAGUUCACCUGCCUCCAGAGCAGAGCCUGGGCCACAGCCCAGUGGCCUCCCAGCAGCCUCGCCGCCAUCCUGACCACGCGGGGUCCCGCCUGGUGUUGGCGGUUGGCACCGCUUAGCACCCGGCUCGUGCACGCGGCUCCUUAGGGGCAGAGCUCACACACCUCACACCUCUCCGUGUGCAGCAUCCCCUGAUCGGUGCCGCUUCCUGGGGGACCCCGUGGCACCAGCUCUGGAGGAAGAGCAGGGUCUGCCCCUCAGUCUCGCCCUUCCUGCUCGGCUCUGCCCUCUGAUCAGGGGCCCACCCUCCCCAUGCACCCACUGCCUGUCCUGCCCCCUGUGGGGCCAUCCUGGGUCACAUGGCCUCAUCCCAUCUCUGCUGCCCCCGCCCCCCAGAGGACUGAGCCGGCCAUGUGCCCGCAAGGAGCUGCCCACGUUCCAGGCCGUUGGCUGGCAUUUCCUGGUGGUGAGCCGCCUGGCCAUCCCGGCCCCGGCGGCCCAGUGCUGCGGAUCUGCCCACUUCGGCCGCAGCCUGCUCCUGGCCCCUCGCCCUGCCCCGGGCUCCCUGCACCGGGCCACUUCUCCCUUCUGCCUAAACCCAGGCCACCCCAGCGGCUGCCUCCUCCUCACUCGGCAGGGACAGGGCGGUUAAAGCUGGGGGCAGCCCUGGCACCUGGGCCCUGUCUGCACCCUCACAGCUGAGACGCCGGAUCCUGGAGCGGGGCCUGGCCUGGAGCGCACCCAUUCGGGUGAGUCACAGAACAGACGAAGCAAGGGGCCCACGUCCCUCCCUUUUGGGUUGUGAAACACUUGGCAGUUGCCCACCUGAGCCUCAGCUUUCCAUCUGUGCCAUGCAUGACAGUGCCCGCCCGGUGUCCAGCAGGGCUGAGUGCCAGCUGUCCUGCCUGUCCCGGUACCCGCCUGAGGACCUCCCCCGACUCGUUCUGCUGCCAGCCUUUGGUGCUGCAGCAGAGUGGCCUCUGAAGGACCCCUGGAGCCCCAAGCAGAGCAGGGAGAGGUCUCGGGCGAGCAGCAGGGCGCCGGGCCCCGCGGGGAGGUGGGGGGGACUCCGAGCACCGGGCCCUGCAGGGAGUGGGGGGUAGGGGACUCGGCGCGCCAGGCCCUGCGGGGACAUUUUCUUCCCAUUUCAUUUCCCCUCCUUCCAGGCUUCCUCUCUCCAGUUUGGCAGGGCGUGUGCUGCGUCCUGUCCCCGGAACAGGCAGCCUGUUGGUUCCGGGCCCCCACACACCAGACCCCCCUCCUCCCUCCCUCCUGCCUCCUGCCUCCUGGUCCUGCCUCCAAGGGAAGCUUUGUAUUUUUCCAACGAUCCUGGCACUGCCUCCUCCUUGUGCCCUCCAGGCCAGGAGGCCGGGCCCUGGGGUCAUGGUCGUGGGCACUGGGCAGAUGGAGAGCCCACCCCAGCCCUGGGGGAGGAAAGCAGGGCCCCCGAGAGGGCCUGCGGCUGGUCCAGGCCCCUCAGCCAGGAAGCCAGGGCCAGGAAAGGAUGCUGAGAGGGUAUGGGGACAGGCUGCCAGCCUCCGGUGGCAUCUGAGAGCACAGCUGACGGCGACCGUGGGUGUAUCCCCCCAGCUCCCCCACCCCAGCCUCAGUUUCCCCACCCGUAAAGUGGGUACAGCCGUCUCUGCCCUGCUCAGUGUGAGGAAUGCCCUCGCCGCCCUGCCACCCGCCACCCCUUACCCAGUUUGAGAACCUAAGAUAAAAGCUCAGCAUGGCUCACGUGGUGUCAGCAUCUGAGCCCAGGGUCACCUCCUCCAGGAAGGCUUCCCAGCCUCCCAGUGCCAUGUCGACCAAGUCUUCUGUGAGCCUUGCCCUCCCUGGACGGCGUCCUCCUGUGUGUGCCAGUUUAUGAGUGUGUGUUGGAGAGUGUGGGGGGUGUGGUGGGUGUGCAAGUGUGGCCGUGGGCACCUCCUGACCUUCGUCCAGCCAGGGCGUGCUCCUGCCCGCUGGCUGCCAGGCCCUGAACUGGCUCUGGGCAUGUGGAGUGGACAAGAGCCCCCUGCUUCCCGCCCCAAGGAGACCCCGUCUGGUCAGAGUGGACCCCACACCCCCGUGUGCUGAGGCCAGAGCCCGGAGGGGCCUGCGGGGCCGGGACAGCCAGAGGGCGAGCUGGGCUGAGCUGGGCGCAGGGGAAGCGAAGGGCUGGUGUGAGGGUCGGGAUGAGGGGAGAGCCCGGUCCCAGUGGCCGCCCACGUGGGAGGAGCAUGAGAAGGACUCGCCCGCCCCGCCCGUGGGGCUAGAGUGGGUGGCCGACCCUCCUCUCUGCCCCAGGACCAGCCAGGCUGCGAGCCGGCCCCCACUGCCUCCCAGGAUGCCCAGCGGCCCCCAGAUUGGUGCUCGGGACCCCCAAGGGUGGCCGGCCCCCCUGCCAGGAUGGGGGUUUGCUGCCAGCUAGCCCCUGCCAACGCCCCCAGGGCUGGGAGCUGGGGGUUCAGGACGCCCGUGCCAGGGAGGGGGUGGCGGCUGCUGUCCUGCUGUUCCCUCGUUUCCAUUUACAUCUGCGAGUGAGCGAGCGCAGUGCGCCAGCCUGCACGGCUCGCUUCCGGAGCCAUAAAAGGAGACGGGCUGAGAAUAGCUCGGCGUGACGGGCGAGGAGCUUCCCCACGCGGGCGGGCGGGCGGCAGGCGGGGAGGCAGGCUCUGUGCCCAGCUCUGCCCCCACCCACGGGAAAUGGUGGCGGCCAGCUCACCAGACGCCCGGGGUCCCUCCUCCAUUCCCUCUGCUGCCUCUUCCUCCCCUGCCUUGGGGCUGGGGGCUGAGCCCCUGCCCUCCAAGCUGCCUGCCCCCUACCCCAGCAUCUCGUCCACUCCCAUAGGCCACCUGGUCCAGCUGAGGCCUCUCUCCUGGGUUCCUGAGCCCAAGGCCCUGCCCAGCCGCAGACUCCUCCGUGGUCCCAGGCUGGCCGCUCCAGAACGUGGGUACCUUCUGACCUGCCGCCCUCCUCCCAGAUGCCAGGCAUGGCCCAUGAUGGUCUUUGGCCAUCAGGUGACCAGUGUCUGCUGGGCCACUGCUUCCUGGUCCCCAGAUCUCAGCUCAAUGCGUCCCUGGCCACCACAGGCUACCCCCACAGGGCUGCCUCCAUGGGCAUCUGUCUCUCCGGCUCUGUGCUCACCCGCUGCUGCCUUUCUUACUAACUCCAAACCCAGGCCUGUGCUUCUGUUUUGUCCGGGACUCCGCCACUUAUGCCGCUGGUCCCAGCUAGGGCCGCCUUCCUGGUCCAGGGGCUGGGUGUCCUGGGGUGUCCAAGGGCUGUUCUGGGAUCUCUCUGGAGGGUCAACAGAUGGCACGCGGGAGAAGGGGCCCCGCCAUGCCAAGCGUCUCCCCGCAGCUUGGGACAGCUGGACAGGUGAUCCUUGUCACCUAUUUGACAGAGGGCGAGGGACGUGCUUGGGGACCAGCGAAUGAGUGCGGCUCCCUCUCCCAGUGGAGCCCGGGAGGCCUCAGCUCUGAGCUGCCGCGACGCAGGAACUGAGGUGGCAGAGGAGCGGGGUGUGCAGCCCCAACUGUAACGGGUGCCCCCACCACCCUCUUCAUGGUUUUUCUCCAAACACACACUUGCUUCCCCCCCACUCGCCACGCAGACCGGGCAUCGGGGCAGGGUGCAGAGGGGGUGGCACAGCAGAGGACAGGUGCCCUUCUCGGCCAUCGCAGCGGGCUGCGGGCUCUGGCUAGGCUGGGGCUCAGAGUGAGGAAGGGCAGGGCCAGCCGGCCCAGAGUUGGCACUGCCCCAGGCCCUGGGAACAGGCCUGUCCCUCCGCUGACACGCUGGCUUCUGCCCAUGAGCACCCUGUGGACAGGGUCUGCCCUGGAAGCACUGUCCGUGCCCCCAUCUGGAGGGGGGACUCUGGGACCCCUCGGGUCUCCGGCGGAGGGAGAGGUGGGCUCCAGGGCACUCCCAAGGGGUCCCACUCUCCCAGCCCCCGCCCUGCCCGGCCCUCCGCCCCCUCCCCCUGGGGUCGACCACGUGCCUCCAAGGCCCCCGACACUUUCCUGCCACCCCCGCCACCCUCCCUCGCUCUCUCCUGCUCCAGUCUCUGAGCUGGGCUGGCGCCCCCCACCCCCGGCCCCUCAGCCCUCCCUGCAGAUGGUGGUCAUUGUUGGCUCUGUCCUUGUCCCCCGGGAGGCGUGUGGUCUGGAGCUGGGGGAGGAAAGGCGAGGAAAAGGAGCGGGUGAGGAUGUGGCCUCUGGGGCUGGUGUUUUGACCCCAACCCCGAGGUCAAGGAGAGGGUAUAGGGUCCUGGGGGCUGUCCCCACCCAUUCCAUCUUCGCCACCCCCCCCCCCAACACAGCCCCUCCCUUUCCACAGACCCCUGCAGCCCAACAGGCUCUCAGGCCCCCAGGUCUGUGCCUGUAAGGGCCCAGGACCCCCCCAUUCCUGGGGGGGUGCUAAUGGGAGACACAGACCCACGGUGUGUGAUCCAGCCCUCACCCUGGAGGUGCUCCCCGACCCUCUGCCCUGAUGGCCCCACUCUUCCCAGAGCCAGGCUGUCCCCAGGACCCCAUGAGUCCCCACAGGUGGGGCCAGGGGCUUGGCUCCCUCAGACCUGGGUCUGGGCUGGGCCUGGGGGCAGGCGCUCCAACACCCCAGACCCUGGCCUCGCCCCUGCAGAGUCAGACUUCCCAGCCCCCUGCCCACCCCCCCCGGCCCUGCUUCCCACCCAGAGCAGCCCCAGGACCCAUCCAAGCCACCCAUCCCCAGAGCCCGUUCACCAGCCCCUUUCAGCCCAGUGCCCGCACUGCAGGCAGGAGCAGCCUGCUGCCAGCCCCUCCCGGAACCAACUGGAGACGGCCCUGGAUUUACAGCCUAAGCCAUUUCCCUGAACCGGGCAGGCGUGGCAUUUUUCUAAAUAAAAAUAAAAUGCCAUAUCAGGAGCCCAUAGGAUCUGUGCCUCCCCCCGCAAGGGGAGGGCACACAGGGACAGGGGAGAUGGCACCUGGAGACCCCGCCCAGGCGGGCCUGGCCUCACACGUCCCCUGUGGUCCUGGGCGCCACCCUCAGGAAGAGGCCCUCGCCUCAGAUAAAGCCCACGGUUCAGACUCUGAAUUCCAGGUGUCCCACUUGCCAGUUGGGUUAUCCUUGUCACACCGCUCCCCCCUCCAUCACCUCCGUCAUCACCGCCCCCACGCGUCGGCCCGCAGAAGCCCGCAGACCAGGCGGCUUCAGCAACAGGCGUUUGGCUCGCAGCUCGGGAAGUCCCAGGUCAGGUGCCAGCGUGUCUGGGAUCUGGUGGAAGCCCCCUUCCUGGCUGCAGACGUAAGACCUCUCUGUGUCCGCAUGUGACAGGGGGCCGCGGGGGCUCUGGGGUCUCUUUUUUAAGCGCAUUAAUCCCACUUGUGAAGGCUCCUCCCUCCUGACCUGCUCGCCUUGCAGAGCUCCGGAUACCAUCACCUUGGGGGUGAGGAUUUCAACAUUUACACUCGGGGGUGAGAGGGGGAUGCAAACAGCCAGAUCACAGCCAACUCCGCUCUCGGUGUCUCCAUCCACUACCGCCGUCACUGUCCUCUCACCGCGACCUCCCCACCCUCACCACCGCCACCGUCCCCGCCAGCAGCAUCCUCACCACCCCUGCCCUCAUUCCCAUCAUCAAACUAUGACCUCCUCCACCCGGCCCCGUCACUCCUGUCGCCACCUCCGCCACCUCCGGCGCAGCAUCACAGCCGUCGCCACGGUCACUGUUCGCUGCCGCCCUCACUCUCUGCCCCCAGGACCAUGGCAUCCCCACCAUCAGCACCGACACCAGCACCGGGGAUGGCAGGGCUCCACCGUCACCCCUGGCGUCAACACCGCCACCACUCUUAGCCACACCACCACCCCGGCCCAGGCUUUGCCCUCUGGCUGGCAGUGCCCGUCACUGGUGAAGAGGGAGGGCUUUGGGGGGGACCGACAGGGGCUCAAAUUCCACUCGUGCUCGCUAUGGCGGCCGCAGCACUUGAACCCCCUUCCUGACUGGAGACGCGGCCUUAACGUCCAACCCCCGCCAGGGCAGGGGGUGCAGAGAGUCUCCGAGGGCCGUGGGAGUCAGGAUGGCAGCUCGGCUGACCCAGCAGUCAGGCAAAGCCUUGUCCAGUCUCUGGAAGAUUCUGCUUUAUUGGAAGGAUCAGAUGCAGCCGCAGCGGUGGCCGUUCGCGGAUCCAGGGCAGGGCUCAAGGAGCACCGCGCCCGCCUCGCCAGAGCGCAGCUUCCAGCCCCAGUCCUGCAGACAAGCUGGAGGACACUUCCGCCACUAAAGAGGCCCCUUCCUGUGAGAACCGGAGCUGAGGGGGGCGUGAACGUCAAAGCAUUUGCCCGAAUUCCCUUUUUGUGCUCUGACAGCCCCUCUUCCAUCCUCUGGGUGAGAAACAGCUGAACAAUGACUGGGCACCAGCACUGUGCCCAGUGGAGGCGACAGUGGGGCCGCGGAAGGCGAGGGACGGGCACUGAAGCGGGCAGGCCGGCACCAAGUGCUCCAAACGUUAAAUGUGGCAGGAGCCGGGUGGGGCUCCUGCCGGGAAAGCCCCACAGGCCAAGGCCACGCGUGGCCCUGAGGCCCCACCGCCAAGGGCUGGCUCCAGAUCCCCUGAUGCAGGACACCUCCCCGACCCCAGGAGGUGACCCCAGCACCGCGGACACGCAUCCUGCCAGCUGGUCAGUGUCUCUCCUUGCGCCUGCCCCCCCUUCCCCAACAGUGGCAGAGAUGGUGCCCCACUCCUGCCUGGCAGAAGGUGGGUGGGCGGCCCCAUGAUCUCCUCCCAGACUGCGUGGCCGGCCUCGUGCCCAGCUGCACAUGUCUGGGGGCCGAGGACCACCCGGCCUGAGCCUCAGUGCAGAGGUCACCACACCGCCUGCUGGCCUGCCUUCCGGGAUGGCGGGGAGCCCAGGCGCCUGCCCUCGGCCAGUGGACGGUGGCGGCUCGAGGCCUCGUGCGGAGUUCCCAGGGCCGCCUGGACCCCUUCUCCUACUUAGGAAGAUCCGGCCAGCGGAGUGGCUCGCUCACGGGGAGCAGCAGUGACCUCACCUCCGCUUUAUUAGUAAAACUGGAACAGGCGCGCACUCGCUGGAGACACCGCAGCUGCGCCUCCGCCUCAGAGGAGCAUCCUUGGGCCCCAGUGACUUCCUGAGCCAGCGGGCUCCUCCGUACCCCGCCCUCCCGGCUCCCUCGGCCCCGUCUCGCCCGCCUUCUCCAUCCUCCGUGGGUGAGGCCUCAGCUUCUCACUUGCUCUUGGCCAGGCUGUAGCCUGCUGCUCAUGGGGCGGGGGGCGGGGGCACAGGGGUCAGGACCCUGAGCCUGGGCCACCUUCUCCUUGCUCCUUGGGGUCCUGACUGGAAAUGGGGAGCAGGGCCCCCUCCGAGGCUUGGUGGGGGCUGCUGCCAGGUCCAGACCUAGAACUCAGGACCCCUCCCCUCCAGGGGAUGGCGGCCGUGCCCUCGUGGUGGCCCCUGUCUCAGUUUUGGAGGCCUGAGCUGAUGCAGCAGCCCUGUAGGACAAGGGCACAGGGCCUGCUCGUCACCCGCGCCCCAGCCCCUGACGUUUGAAGCUUCCCCACUGGAGUCAGGUUGCCAGCGCCUGGCAGAGGGGCGCCCCACCGGCACGGCCCGUCCUGCCCUCUGGACCACCGUCCUGCCCUCUCCAGGACGCAGGUCUCUUCUGCCCCCCCCCCAGUGUCCCCCAGGAGCUUUCUCAGCCCAUUGUCCGUGACACCCAGCCCUGGGCUCCGCUGGCCUGUGACCCCAGCCCUGGAGGUGGGGGCUGGGUCUGAAGGAGUACAGGGCUCCCCCGCCCUGCCGGAAGCCAGCAGCGGGCUCUUUGGGCUCCGUUCCACCCCGGGACUUACAGCCACCAGCCCCAGGUGGAGCCCGGGACCUGGGUGGGAGGGGGCAGAGGCAGGGCAGGUGGCUGCUAGGCCCCUGGCCCUGGGGUCUCUGAUGGCGGAACUGGCCUCGGAGGGGUCUCAGCUCUGGUCCCUGCGUGUGCCUGCCUGCUGGGUGACGGGGGCGCAGCCCUGAUGUUCCCCCCAGGAGCCCCCGGGACCAGCUGGAGUCUGCACUUGGCGGAGCCCUGCUCUGACACUCACCCCCACACUGUGCAGUGAGUCAGCUCCUCGGUCCCCCUCCACCCCCGGGACCACUGUCACCGUGGCCUGGACCCGCACUGCACUGGGGUUGGGGUAGAGGCGGGGAGGGGGAGUGCGGAGGCCACAGAGUCACUGAGUCACACGAGGGGGAGGGGGAGGCCGGCAAAGGGAUAUGAGCGAAACCUACGCAGACCCCGGGCUCCCUGGUCUUGCCCUCCUCAUGAACUAAGCGGACGCAGGGGCCAGGGUCAGGGUUCAGAGUGGGCCCAAGGUCAGGGUCAGGGUUGGCUCAGGGAGUGCCCAGGGUCAGGGCUCACCCACGCCGGGUGCAGCAGAUCCCUGACUGCAGGCUGAUCAGGAACCUUCCAACCCAGAGGUCUUGGUUGGGGCCGCCUGCACUCCUCAUGGAUCCAGCAGAGGGCACUGUGCCGCCCCCACGGACAGAACAAAGAGCCCCUGGUCCGGAAGGGUCUGCGGGGGCCCAGGGGGUGGGGGAGACACGCUCACUCACACACCCUUGUUCCCAGGCUGGGAGACCAUCCUGGAGAGGGUGUGACAGAGGGGUGACAACCACACCUCACAGCUGGGCCUCUGCUGGGGGUGGGUGUGAGCAGCCAGGGACACCCAGACCCCUUGGGCCCCACCCUUCGUGCCUCUGGCUCCCUUCCCACUGGCGCUACUCACAGCAGGGAAGUGGGACUCGUCCCCGGCCGGGGCCAGGGCGACAGGCUUUUGUACCUGCUGAGUCUCUCAGCGGGAUGUGGCAGUUCCCCCUCUGAGCCCGGGGUCUCCAACCCACCCUUUGGGCACUGCCCAAGAAUCCUUUCCUUCCCAAGGCCUGGAGGGGCGGGCAUAUGGCAGGCACCACCCAGCAGGAAGUCUCUGGUCUAGCGUGGGCCUCGGGACCCUCCGUGAACAGGGAAACCGUAGGCAUGGUCCCCGCACCCACCUGCCUGGACUGGCCUGUCCACCUGGGAGGCCGUGUGCCCAGCAGGCCCGCUCAGGUGGGCGAGGUGGCCGGAGGGCGGGGGAGCCCAGGGCCACGAGCUCCAGCCGAGACGGAGGCCCAGGCAGCUGCUCUGGCUGCUGUCCUCGGGCUCGGGUAACGGGCAGUGGGUGACCUGCGCCUUGGUCUCAGGCAGGGAAAUCUGGAAACAUCUGGUUUCUCCCAGAGUCCUCAGGCCAGUACUGCCCACGGAGCCGUGUGACCUCGGCCAGGCCCUGCUCCUCAGGCUCUGAAGGGCCCAGAGGGAGCCAAGGUCAGGGAGGCGGUGCGGGGGCGGAGGUUGCGUACACACAGGAGGGGCUGUCAGCCGGGGCUGGGAGAGGGCGCGGGACAGGUCAGGAGGCUGGGAGAGGACCAGGGCCACGCGGCCCAGCACCCAGCCUAGAGCAGACCCGCCGGCCCGCCGGCCCACAGGCCCCCAUCCUGGGCUCUGCUUGUCCCAGGGCUCUGCCCCCCGCCACACCAAGUCUCCCGCUGGCCAGGGCCGGCCCAGCACAGCUCCCCCCCCCCCCAACCAGCUUCUCCCCUCCCCCUCUCCCUCCCCCAUCACUGCCCUCAAGAGUGGCAGGAGGGCUCAGGCACGCUGACCACCUGCAGCGCUGACUCGGGACCCAGGUAGCUCGCCGGCCUCCUCUGCAGCGGAAGCAGGCCCUUGUGUCUGGGGCCAAGCGCGUCACGGGCACGGUCACGGUCGAGCAGGAGGACGCUCAGGUGUGCGGGGCGGGGGGGCGUGCACGGGGCCUGUGGGAGCUCAGCCCGCAGCAGGGGAUGGUGGAGGCGGCCCCCUUGGGCCUUUUUGAAGAGCUUUUUUCCUGUGGGGCCAGAGCUGGGAGACCACGAGAGGACCACGUGGCCCUCCCUUGCCCCCCAGGCCCGUCCCCCUCCCCUCCCCCAUCUCUGAGCCAACGCUUUGACCCGGGACCCGUCGUGUGUCUGACACAAGGGCUUUUGGAAAACACGCCCACACACCCUAGCGCACCGAGUUCCUGGUCGGGGCAGAGGCCCAGCCACCGUCGGUUGCCCGGGUGACUCACAAGCGUCCUUUCAGCUGGUAUUUUCAGAUCCAGAGGGCACGCGGGCCUGCACUGCCUGUGUUGGUUCCUGGUGGCCUCCCGUGGUCCUGGCCUCGAGACUGCCAGGAGAUGCGCCCUCUGGGCUGUGGCCGCGAGGCAGACACCGCCCCUGUCACAGCAGCUCCCCAGAAGCGUUCCGGACAAGUGCCAGGGCCUCGCCUGGCCCAUCUCAGGGUCAGCAAGGAGAGGCAAGGACCAAGGCAGGGACACACCUUGCCACCCCGCCACGUGCCCCCAGGGCCCCGCGCCACCACACUCUGGCCCGUGGCUUGGGGGGGCCUCCUCCUCUGCCCCCAGCUGGCGGCGAGGUCCUGGCACAGGCAGGCACUCAGCCAACGCUGUCAACGGGAGGAGGAACAGAAGGGGGCACCGGACAGAGGGAACAGCAAGCGUGAAGGAGCAGGGUGUUGGGGCGCCAAGCACUGGUGUCAGCGCCGUGACAAGGGGAGGUGACAAGGGAGGGCGGGACUGGCAUCCUCAGCUCCACCCUCCUGGCUGAGACACCCCUGACACUGCCAGCAGCUCACCAAGAGCCUGUCGGCUCCCCGUCCCCUCUGGGGGAUUCGUGGGUGCUCCCCCCUCAAGCCCCCGUGAGCCCCAGGUGAUUGAGCCAUGGGGUCCCAGGCCUGGACUGCAGGCCACAUGGCAGAGGGGAUGGCAGGAGCCCUGGGCACCACUUCCUUCAAGGUGGCCCCCAGGGGCCAGGCAGAGGGAAGGCGUGAUGACGAGGAGGCGGCAGGAACGCCCCCCCCCCAUAAGCUCCCUGUCCCGAGCACCUACUGUGGCGAGCCAGGUGCUGUCUCAGGCCCUGAAGCAACCACAACGAAUCCCGCCUCGGGGCGUCUUCUGCCUGUUACCCCCUGCUCCUGGCCCUCCCCCCCGCCCAUAGGGUGGGCUGCCCUUGGGUGGGGGCACCCAGGUGGGGCUGCGCAGAGACCGGCCGUCUGGGUCCGAGGCUGGCUGCACGUCACGUCCCUUGGGCCCCGGGGUCCUGCCUGCCCACUGGACCGAAUCAAAGUCCAGUAACGAAGCAGGAGAAACUCCUCAGCAUGGACCCCGGGAUUGGGGGGCGGGCAGAGAAGAGGGUGACCGGUGACCGGUCGCAUGGCCAGGCUCAAGGAAGGUGAUGAAGGGACACGGGGGAGGUGGUAGGCUAGCCUGGCCUGCACUCCCUAACCCCACGCAGCUGGCCCGAGCACGCAGACCAUGGCCCUACCCAACCCAGGGGUCUGACCUCCCAGCCCCUCCCAGUUUCCCCAGGCCUGAAUCCCCCCCAGACGGGGCAUCGGAAUGUGGCCCUGCCUCGGCCGCAGCGGGCGCUUGGCGAGCAUCUGCUGAGAGACGGACCAAGGCCCCGGGCUCCCCACCCAGCCUGGCCGCCCACCCGUCCUUCCUGCAAGCUCUGCCCGGAGCACUGCCCUGCAUCUCCCGGGCGCCCGGGCACUGCGCAGCUGUGGGGGGACGAGAGGGCCGCAGUGCCCCGGUGACAUCACCCACCUUUGUCCCUCCCGGAGCUUCCUGAUGGCCUCUCCUCUGAGGCUCUGAGUCCUCUGCGCAGAGGCUGCAUGUCCCAACCAGCAACUCCUUGGGUAACUUUUUUUUUAAAUUGUGGUCACACACACACUAAAAUUCACCAUUUCACCCACUUUAAGUGUGCGGUGCAGGGGCACGGAUUAUAUUCACAAUGCUGCACAACCACCAGCACUGCUCCCGGAACUUCUCCUCCCUCCAAGCCCUGGAGUGGCAGGUCCCACGCCCUCGCCCAGCCCUGGCGGCCCCGGCGCUCCGGCAGCCCUGCACAGCGCCGCGGGACUGUGGCUUGUGACGGAGGGCCCCAGACUCCGAUCGGAGGCCACAGAGAGCCCAGCCAGCAGGUCCUGGCCCCCGACCCACCUUUGCUCUGACCCGGGGAACCCCGGUGACCGCCCCCCACUCUCAGAGCUGGGACAGAAGACACGGAGGCCGGAGAAGAAGACGCCUAAGGCCAAUGGCCAUUCACUUAACGGGCUACUUUGAGCAGCAUAAACACAGAGACUUAAUCGUUUCAGCUGCAGUAGAGGGUGCAUGAGUGCGCGCGCGCACGUGUACACGCGCAGGUUCUGUCCCCAGGGUGGUGGACGUAGGUCUCGCUGCACAGGCAGCGUCCUUGGAGGCCCGUGGGGGCGGGCAGACCCUCCGUGAGCCCCACAGCCAGAGCGACAGCCUGGGAGCUGGGGGUCCCCGGGGCGGGAGCGGCUGGGGACAUCCCCCUUUUAGAGACAAAGUGAGAGGAGGCUGGCACCUGGCCGAGGGGCUGAGGGCCAAGUAGUGGAAGUGAGAGCCUGGCCCGAGGGUCCUACAGAGGGUCGGGCCCCCCGCCCCAGCCUCCCAGCUCCUCCUCCCUCUGCCAGCUCCCCUGACCUGGUGCCCUGCCCCCGGCCCCCCGCGUUGUUUGAUGUCUGAUAAACUAAGCAAUGCAGUGCAAGGCUA